AGGUGCAUGUUUUGGCCAAUCCACGAAUCCUGUGGGCGGAAUACAUUUGUGGAUAAUGUUCGAUGACGUUCCCAUUUUUGCGCAGCCGCAACCCAGGAGAAGAAGAUGGUGCUUAUCAAGGAAUAUCGUGUGGUCUUACCGUGUUCUGUGGAAGAGUACCAAGUGGGACAGCUGUACUCAGUGGCUGAGGCCAGCAAAAAUGAGACUGGGGGAGGAGAGGGAAUUGAGGUGCUGAAAAAUGAACCAUAUGAAAAGGAGGGAGAAAAGGGACAGUACACACACAAAAUUUACCAUCUGAAGAGUAAAGUCCCUGCCUUUGUUAAGAUGAUUGCACCAGAAGGAGCACUAGUUUUCCAUGAAAAAGCCUGGAACGCCUACCCUUACUGUCGCACUAUUGUGACGAAUGAGUACAUGAAAGACGACUUCAUGAUCAAGAUUGAGACGUGGCACAAACCUGACAUGGGGACACUAGAAAAUAUUCAUGACCUGGACGAGCCUACUUGGAAGACUGUGGAGGUCGUCCCGAUAGAUAUUGCAGACAAAGAACAAGUGGCCCCUGAGGAUUAUAAGCCGGAGGAGGAUCCCGCUCUCUUCCACUCAACCAAGACGGGCAGAGGACCGCUGGGUCCUGACUGGAAGAAAGAGAUGGUGGCCAAGACGGACUGCCCUCGUAUGUGUGCGUACAAACUGGUCACUGUCAAGUUCAAGUGGUGGGGUCUACAGAGCAAAGUAGAACAUUUUAUCCACAAGCAAGAGAAGCGCAUCUUCACUAACUUCCAUCGCCAACUCUUCUGCUGGAUCGACAGUUGGGUGGGCCUGACCAUGGAGGACAUCAGGCGGAUGGAGGAGGAGACACAGAGGGAGCUAGAGGAGUUGCGUAAAACAGGUCAGGUUCGAGGCACCAGUGCUGCUCACGAGCAAUGAUGCAAACCAACCAAAUCCUUUCAUGAUGAUGUCAUCAAAGACACACCCAACACGAUGAGGGACUGGCCCUGCUGUUUGCUGCUCUCUUCCUGUCUCCCAUUAUUCAUUGGGGGGGGGUUUGUCAGGAUUGGUCAAUAGUACUGUACAGACCCUCAACCAAUCACAAGUCGCCUCCUACUCAUACAGAAAAUAAAAGAUUUUUGCAUAUAUCAACAAAGAAAGAAUAUAACAAAAACGUUUUACCCAGAACGUAAAUUGCCUGUCAUGUAAUUGUUAGUUGAUUGUCAAAAAUGGGUUUGUAUCUGGGUAAAAAACAUGACUUAGAAGGCCAAGUCUUUUAAACAGUAGAAUGUCAUUAUAGUUGUUGGUUACACAUUUC